GAUGAUAAAUACGUGUUUGAGUUUUGAGUAGCGGCAUAACUUGUAUUUAAAUUUCCGUAUACUUCAAGUCAGGCCCACACAGUGAUUGAACGACUACUUGUUCACUGUGACAUAAUGCUUCGACACACGUUCCGAUCUCGGCCGCAGGUAGCCCAGUGCGUACUGAUCGCCCGGUACGCCAAUGGCUCCAAGCGCACGUACAGCAUAUUCAACGACGCUGUGGCAGAGACAGAGAACACAGCUGAGCCAUACAAAUACAAGAACUUCAUCAACGGUGAGUGGAGAGAGUCCAAGGCCACCGAAUGGAUUGACGUGCGCAACCCCGCUACCAACGAGGUUGUGGCCAGAGUGCCAUGCUCCACACAGGAAGAGAUGGAGGAGGCUGUUGAGUCGGCCAAGACGGCUUUUCAGACGUGGAAGAAAACGAGCGUGAUGCACCGCCAGCGCAUUCUGUUUGAGCUAGCCAACCUCAUCCGCACGCACAUGCACGAUGUGGCCAAGCUCAUCACACGCGAGCAGGGCAAGACACUUGCCGAUGCCGAUGGAGAUGUGCUCAGAGGCUUACAGGUAGUAGAAUACGCCACCGGGGUGCCCACACAGCUUGUAGGUGGCACUCUAGGCCAGGUGGCCGCAGACAUGGACACGUACAUGUACCGACAGCCUCUGGGUGUCACGGCAGGUAUCUCGCCCUUCAACUUCCCUGCGAUGAUUCCUCUGUGGAUGUUCCCUAUGGCCAUGGCCACCGGAAACACGUCGGUCAUGAAGUGCUCUGAGCGAGACCCUGGAGCUGCUAUGGCGCUGGUGGAGCUAGCUCGUCAGGCUGGUGUGCCCCCAGGAGUGGUUAAUGUGAUCCACGGCACAAAGAACGCCGUCGACUUUAUCUGCACAAACCCUGACAUCAAGGCCAUCUCAUUUGUUGGCAGUGAUCAUGUGGGUAAGCACAUCUACGAGCUCGGCUGCAAGCACGGCAAGCGUGUACAGUCCAACAUGGGGGCUAAGAACCACGGGGUGAUCAUGCCUGAUGCGAACAAGGAGUAUACACUCAACCAGUUGGUAGGAGCGGCAUUCGGCGCCGCUGGACAGCGCUGCAUGGCUCUGUCUACAGCUGUGUUUGUGGGCGAGUCGAAGGCGUGGAUGCCUGAGAUCAUGGAGAGGGCCAAGAAACUCAAGGUGAGUGCUGGUAAGGAGCCCAACACAGAUGUGGGCCCAGUGAUCAGUCCUGAGGCACAGAAGCGCAUUGAAGGUCUGAUCCAGUCCGCCAUUGACGAGGGAGCCGAAGUCAUUCUGGAUGGCCGAGGUGUGUCCGUCAACGGCUACGAGAAGGGCAACUUCAUCGGCCCCACCAUCAUCACAAAUGUCAAGCCACACAUGCGCUGCUACAAGGAGGAGAUCUUUGGCCCAGUCAUGGUGUGUAUGGAGGUGGACACCCUGGACGAUGCCAUUGAACUGGUGAAUGCCAAUAUGUACGGCAACGGCACAGCCAUCUUCACCAACAACGGCGCCACUGCACGCAAGUAUCAGAUGGAGAGCGAGUGUGGACAGAUUGGUAUCAACGUACCCAUCCCCGUGCCAUUGCCCAUGUUCUCCUUCACUGGCAACAAGGGCAGCAUCCGCGGAGACCUCAAUUUCUACGGAAAGGCUGGCAUUGACUUCCUGACACAGCAGAAGACCAUCACAUCGCUAUGGCGUCAGGAGGAUGCAGACAACGACAUCUCUGCCACGAACUUCCCCAAGCUAGGCCGCUAGAUAGUCGCAAACGUGUAGGUGUGCCGGUACACAUGUGAUGCUGCUGUGCAUAUAGAUCGGCAAAAGAUUUCUCUAGUUACUACCGACGAGGGAGACCUUCCUGCUGGUAUCUGUCGGCAUUGACUGUGUACUGGUUCUCUGACUCAACAAGUUGGAAUCCACUCCAUAUCAUGCACAACGGACGAGUGCAUCACACGUGUUUCGCACAAGUUGAUUACAUCUGUAUCGAAUUUACAUACGGAUGUAUGCGGUUUACGUCACGCGUUAUGCGCCAAUAAGAUGACCAGACUGUCAUAUAUCAGGAAGUGGUAGAUCGUGCAUUGGCGGCCACAGCCACGCAUGAAGAAACAUCCACACAACCAUGUAGUGUGUAUAUCUCCGCUUGGAGGAUUUUCAUACUGUUAGUACGAAUAUUUGAAAUAGAAAUAAAGUAGUAUUACUACAAAGCG